ACACAAUGAGUUGAUACUUCAACAACUUCUCACUACAGCUUUUAUAAGAAACGUAUAGGGGCAACAAAUGAGAAUUCAAAUUUUGAUCUUAGGGGUUUAAAGGGUUAAGGUAAGAUUCCGACAAGCGACAUGGCCGUGAAACAAUAACAUAAGAUGAAGUGGCCACAAAGUACAUAAAUAACAAUCACAAAUUCAAAAGUGAAUUUCAGACAGGGACAAAAAAUGAAAGAACAAAUGAUUUCAAAACGAAUGGUUUUGCAAUUCAGACUACUGUCAAAUGCCUCCUGAAAAUUUCCAUGAAAAUCUUGUUCCACCACCAACCUACCUUUCCUUUCAUCUAAUCCUAAGAUCCUAAAAGCUUUCUUAAAAACGUUUCCCACCAAAAUGAAGCCUACUAAAUGCCCAACAAAAGAACAAAAAAUGAGACAAGAAAAACGAAAAAGAAAAGGGAGAGGAGAGAAAGCGAAAAGUAACCUUGAGAUUUGAAAUUAACAAAAAAUUGAAAAAAGGCUAAAGAAACUAUAAAGUCUUGAUGCCAUUUUACUUUUAUGACUGGACAUUAUAAAUAGCAAAUGAAAUUUUAUCGGUGCAUAUCUCAGCAAAUCUCAAUUUCAAGCCAAGAUAGAGUGAAAUCAGCUUGAAACUGGCCAAUAAAUUUGAGUGUUAAUAAAUUAUAUUAUUUUUCUCCUUUCAGACAAGUUUGCUUAAAAAUAAGAAGACAAGGAGGUACCAGGAAUAUAACUUUCUUUCCAUUCUUGACAACCUGUCUGAGGUAAAGUGUUUCUCUUCAGCUCUCCCCCCUCCCCCAAAUCUAAAUAAUAUUCUUGCAACAGUGACAUAGAACUGAAAGAGGACAGUGUACAUGAAAGAAGGCCAGAGAGCCUUGCUUGAAAAAUCUGUUACUUCACUUGUUACUAAAAGCUCACUUUUGAGAUUCUGUUUAAAAUUAUACUAUAAAAAAAGAAAGCUGAGUGUGGUCAAUGGUAGCACCAGGGUUUUCCUUGUUCCUAUCACCCCUAUCAUGCUUCAUGCGUUCUGUUCUCUGCCUGUGAUCUAAUAGAGAUGAUUGGGGACAAGUUAAGUGAUUAUUGUAGAGUCCCAAGAAUGAUAAAAUUCAAUUUCCUCCUUUUUAUAAUACAUAAUCAACUCAAAAGGUUAAUACAAGAAUUGAUGAAAUGAUAACCUACAGGAAAAUGCUUUGAUUUUUUAUUAAAUUCUCUCAACUACUUCUUUUAGGAAAUGUUCAGUUUAGAAAAUUUGACUGUAUGCUGAUAUUGGUCUUUAAGGGUUGAGGGAGAGUUAACUCAAAGUGUUUGUAAAUAUUUUUUUUUCAGCUCCAUUCUAUGGACAAAGUAUGGACUCCUAAUAGAUGACACUCCUAUAUGUGUUGUAGGAAUACUAGGAAUUAUCUUACAGUCCCUAUAUCUAGCAUUUUACUUUGUAAAUACAAGAGAUCGAGAAAAGGUAAGUUCUUCUGUACAAGUGCAGUUUUAUGUUCCAACACAUUAGUUGAACUGUUAACUCAUGUUGUUGUGGACAAUUAAUAUUUGUGCCUGCAUCAAGGACGGUGCUCCCUUGAUACACUCUCUUUGAUGCAUGUAUGGUGCAUACAUUCCAGAUAUCACAGGAAGAUCUAAAAAAAUAAAUUUCUCAGUCGGUGACACAGGCGGCUCAGAAGAAAAAUCUGAGUACUCCCGAUAGGAAUCGAAUCUGUGACCUUCUCUGGCUGGUUACUAAUUCAGAUGCUCUACCUGUGAGCUACAGGUGUCUCGUGGAAGCUAAGGCCACUAAACUACAUGUAUUGUAGGUUCAUGUGACAAUUAAACAUAUUGAAUACUGCUAGGACUGGAAUGUCAAUAUGUGCUUAUGCGCAAUGAUAGAGAUGUGAUGAUGAAUUUUGAGCCUGGUGAAUACAUUAGAACGAUGAUUUUUCAGUCAGUUACACAGGCAGCUCAGAAGAAGAAAAUCUGAGUUCUCCCAACAGGAGUUGAACCUAUGACUUUCUGGUAACCAGAUGCUCUACCACUGGGCCUGGUGAAUACAUGCAACAAUUUUCUAUUAUCGUGCUUAAGCUACCAUAAUUGUUUUGAGAAGUUCCACUGUUUAUUUUCAUUUUGUAGGGAGUAUUUUCCCAAAGAUUGGUGGUAUCUUUCGCAGGAGUGUGUUUGCUCUUAACUUAUAUAAAGUAUUACACUCGAGAUCAUGACACAGCUGUUUUACACCUUGGGUUUGUCGCCAGUGGAUUUACAAUAGCAGUGUAUGGAUCUCCUCUUGUAUCUGUGGUGAGAAUUCUGACCCCUUAUGCAAGGAAUGUUCAGUUACAGACAGCCAUCUUGGUUUCGAGAGUAUUAAAUCUAUUUAGGGCUUGGUGUGUGGGCUGGGCAUGUCCGCUCUAAGCCCUGAUGGCCACCGGCCCUCUAUUCAUACAAAACUAAAAUGGCUGCCCAUUAAAGUACUUGAUCUUGACAAUCUUACAGAAAAAUGGGUCGGCUGUACAGGGGGUGGGGGGGGGGGCACUCAUCUAGUCCUGAGUGCUGCUCAUCCAGUCCCUAAGAAUAGAGGGAGAUCCAGCCUCCAAAAAUAUUUGACGUAACAAUGUAGUGGGGAGUCUGGAUUCCUGGGCCCCUGCCUGGAUCUACCACUGCAGUUUAGGGUCAUUGCGUACCAAGUUGUUUUGUACCUGUUACAGUAGACUCAUUCUCAAUUUUUUUUUAAAUUACUUACACUUAUUUAAGUCAACAAGACACACAAAAUUUCCUAAAAGUUCAGCAAAAUUUUUAUAUUCCAUGUGUUGCACCUGUUUUGUGGCUUAAUCAGUGGGCAACCUAAACACAGACUGCAGACCGGUGGGUAAAUGAGGUAAACAUUGUUGUUAAAUGCUCUAACAGAUUCCCUAUCCCCUAACUAGGGAUAGGGAAUCUGUUAGAGCAUUUAACAACAUUUACCUGGUUUACCUUCAAGUCUGUAGUCUGUAUUUGUGGCACACCGUGGCUUAAUGAACAAAGUAUAUGAGAUUCCUGGUGCACUAUUGCUCCUUAUGGCUUAAAAAAUAAGUUAUAUCAAGUGUGAAGCAUGCUUUUAAAUGGUUAUUGAGUUGUAUUCACUCUGUUAUAUUUGUGUGUAUGAAUUGACUAGAAAUGGGUAUGAAUCAUCUAAAAUGUGAGUAUGAAUCAUCUGCAUACAAAUUGGCUCGGGUACGAAAUAAUUGGUUACCGCCACUGCUGUAAAUCUACCUCAUGUUGUCUAUCAGAGGAAUAGGAAGACACUCGAUUAAUCAGCCUGGAGGCAGUCAAUCCCAAAUCACCUAGCCUGCGCCAAAGACGGGGAUCAAUGUAGGUUUCUGGGAAACUGCCCACCUACCCCUCCCUUAAGCUAACAUUAACACUUACUUCUCACUGAGGGCAAAAUGUUGGGUUACAGGAGGGGUAGGUGGGCAGUUUCCUGGAAACCUAAAUCGAUCCAAAGACAAUACCAACCGUUGUUAGAUUACGAAAGUGAUGACACAGGCUGUCAAUCAUGCAAGGUUGGACCAAUGUGUUUUCAAGAAACUUUAGACAUGACUUUACUUAUGGUAUAUAUUUUUCUCCCUUUUUUGUAGGCAAAUGUUAUAAAACAUAAAAGUACAGAGUUUAUGACAUUUUCAAUGUCCUUGGCAGGCUUUGUUGUCUCCUCACUCUGGACAAUAUAUGGACACUUAGUUCAGGAUAAAUUUAUUACUGUAAGUUGUGGACCUUUUAAAAUUUCGCGCUAUUUUAGAGUAACCUCUGCUCUCCCAACUGUCUCUCCCUCAAGACCUAAAGAUGUGUGUUAACUCUACAAGAGUUAUUGCAGUCUGCUCAAAUACCUUCUAUUUUGACUUUAGAGACUGUCAGGUGGGCCUACGAAAAUAAAAAAAGUGGGGGAUUGUAAAAUGUGAAAAGCUAAGCUACCUCUUGUCAACCGGCAAUGUCUUGUUUACAAAUUUGAAUGUGACCUGUGCAAUGCAGGUUAUGUUCGUUACACAUCUCGCCACUUACACCAGCGAAUUGAGGAACACAAGAACGCAAGUUCAUCCAUCGGCAAGCGCUUUGGUGAUAAACAUUCUUCAGCACCUAAAGAUCUUAGUUAUAAUUUUAGCAACUUAAAGAAGUGUAAAAGCAAAUUUGACUGCCUGGUGUUUGAAAAUUAUGUUUUUUUUAAAUGAACUGAGACCUAGGCUCAAUGUACAAUCAGACACUGUGCAAACGUUUUUAAAUGGCUCUUUUAAUUAGAUUUUAUUGUUGUUCUUUUUCUGUAUGCUUUAUUUCGUUUUUUUUUUAUCAUUUUCAAACAUUUCUUAUGGUUCUUAACAUAUUUUUACACCUUACAGUUAUAUAUGAUAAUUCUUUUAACUUUUUUACUUACUUGAAAAUGAUCGAAGAUCGGUCAAAACAUUAUUUUUUAUCCGUGAUUUUUACUGUGGGGGAAGUGAUUGGAUUGGAUUGUCAUGCUUCGCACUAGCUGCCAAACUCCUGGGAAAAAAUGUGUGUGUUGGUAGUUGGUCGAGUCUACAUUCUAUGGCUACAAAGGAGGUUGGACACCUCAUGAGGCAUAGACAGUGUAGUAUUCGUUAUUGCUUUUUAAGGUUUAGUAAUGUGGGAAAUCAAAAAGAAGGGAAGCCAAUUUAGUAGGAAAAGAAGUCAGAAAGAAGAGCUGCGAUCAUGUUUUAAUUACACUGGUUUGUAAUGACUAGCUUGAAUUAACUGUUUUGAAAACUCCACAGAAAUACUAUAAAAUUAGGGUUUAUGGAAGUGAUUGCUCCUUUAGUGUAAUGUUAGAUUGUAUGAGGGUAUGAGAUAAAUUUAUUAAACCACGUUCAAGGCUUCCUGGUUGUCUUUUCCUUUGGUAAUUCUUCUUUUUUUUUAACUUAAAGAUAUAAGAUAAGAUUUUCUCAGUAUGCAGGGUUCAUGAGCUGUCCGAACCCCUUCUGGGCAAUAGCCCAGUUUACAGUUACAGGUGGAAAUGAGGCUGGAGUUGACCUUGUUUUGAUACAACUCUGCCUGCUUUAUUAUGUAAAUCGUGUUUUUCUUAUGCUAACUAGUAUUUUUUUAAGCAAAAUUUUAAGAAGAAAAGGGAGGAGGUUUUUGGCAAAAGCCUCACAUUCACUCAAAGGCUAGGAUAGCCUGGUCCCAGGCUCCUUAUUGGGGGAAAAAGGCGAAAAAAACGGCCGAUGUUUUUCCCAUUUAACCCCCUUUUUGUUGCCUUUUCCCCCCACUGCGGAGCCUGGCACCAGGCUAAGGCUAGGGCAAGGACAAAUAAGCCCACAAGUGUACAUAGAUACACUUGCUAAAGGUUUUAUGAUCUGCUCCUCUUUUUCUGUGUUAUCAUUUAAGAGUCAUUGACUCCUUGCCUUAAUGCAUUGUACGUCAGUAAGCGUGUUUUAUUUAUUUUUAGUUGCUAUCUGCAAGGCUUUCUAAUAGUUUAAGGUUUUUGUUUUUAGUAGAUAAUUGUGUUAUUCAUGUACUUGCCUUACCCCGCCACGACUAGCUUUCCAGCCAUUUGCGGGGCAAACUAUCCAACUUUUGAUUUGUAUUUUUGUACAAAGAACAAAGUUGUUGUUGUUGUUGUACUGACUGUUGUUUUUGUAUUUCAGGUCCCUAAUGGCAUUGGCGUUAUUUUAGGAUCAGUUCAACUUUUUCUAUUUGUGAUUUAUCCAAGCACCGCUCAAAGGACUAUAACUUAUGACAUGAAGUCACCUAAACCUGUAUAGACCCCGAUCAACACCAUGGGGUAUUUCAAGAGUGUGAUGGCCGUCUUUCUAACCUGCUAAGAUGGGAUCUUUUAAAACAUUAGUGAAAACUGCUAGCAGUAAAGUACAAGCCUGAUUUUCACUUUUCUCAAGAUACUUUUUCACUGCUUUUUGGAAAUCCAACGGGCAAGACGCAAUCUCUAAAAUAUAAAGGAUAUUAUCGUACUUAAAGAGUCAAAUUUAGCCUGGUUUCGAGUGGAAACUAAGCAAGCAGAUUAGUUAAAGAAAUCUAUAUUUGUUCACUGGCACACAUCUAUAAAACAGAAGAAGCUCUCGUAAGCGAACACCCUAUGGACGCGAAAUGGCGCUGGCAGGUUACGAUAAUGAAAAAGUAAAGGGUUUGUCUUAGCCUGUUCACAGACCCUCUAUUUCCCCUUAAACGUUCAGCGUCCGUGCGUGAUAAAAAUAAACACGGCGGGGAAUUAAGUGACCACUAGCGCUCUCCGAUUAUCGAAAAGAAAAAUAAAGCAACGUCUCUGUAAAGGCUAAAUGUUGUAUGGGAGUUGAGUAAAACAGGUUUUUGUGCUGAGACGGCCGUAAGUAGCGUUGUCCGCUUAGAGUGUUUGUUCUGUUUGUUAGUAGAGCUUCAACUCCGGGCUUCUACUGUACUUACAAAGUUUUAUCAGCCAGCAUAAAAGCAAAUUUCUAUAAGCCUGCGAGUUUUAAGUAACCUUCCGCCCGGGAAAUCAAUUGUGCGGAAUUUACCGAAAUUUACGAGACUGCUACGAGACUUGUGCAGUCCAGGCCACAACCCGCAGGACUGGAUAUAUGAUGACGUCAUCCAAAUUUUCAACAUGGCGCCCAAACCAAGGGACACGAAUCAGGGUCGCUUUUCAGCUCUUCGUGCAACGCCUAGAAAUGACCUUUUCCAGGGUUAUAUGUUUCCGGCUUUUCCCACAGUACCUUAGGAGCUGCGCUAUGGAGGGGAAUACUGGACAAGAAUGGAAUUGAAUAAAUUUUAACCUGA